UCAUUAUCAUCAUCCAACCACACACUAAUCCUUUGCUUAACCCCGCAGUCUCCCUCCCUCUCUCUAUCCACACUUCUCCACGAAAUCUGUCAAAGUCAACCGCCGAAAUCGCUAAGAUUCCUGCUCCAUUCUCUCCAAGCUCGGAACGAGAGCAAAAGGGCGCCGGCGACGACCAUGGCGGACGACAAGGAGUCGACGUCUGUUCCGCUGAGCAGCAGCAGCAGCAGCGGCCAGCGCGACAUCGACGAGGCCGCCGAAGGGGGAGGAGAUCCCGAGGAUCCGGUCAAGGCCCGCCCGCCCUCUCCCGCCAAUUCCUCCACCCGCCAGGCUUGCUGUUUUGUGCUUCAGAGUUGGAUCUCAAAGAAGUUUAUGACUGGAUGUGUGGUUCUGUUCCCGGUUGCGGUCACAUUUUUUAUCACAUGGUGGUUUAUUGAAUUUGUUGAUGGUUUUUUCAGUCCCCUCUAUGCCCAGCUAGGGAUAAACAUAUUUGGGCUGGGCUUUGUCACAUCUCUGAUGUUUGUAUUCCUUGUUGGGGUUUUUGUUUCAUCAUGGCUGGGUUCCACUGUCUUCUGGAUUGGAGAGUGGUUUAUCAAGCGAAUGCCAUUCGUUAAGCAUAUAUACUCAGCCUCUAAGCAAAUUAGUGCAGCAAUUUCUCCUGACCAAAACACGACAGCCUUUAAAGAGGUUGCAAUUAUCCGCCAUCCACGUAUUGGUGAAUAUGCAUUUGGUUUCAUCACAUCAACUGUCGUCCUUCAGAAAGACAAUGAAGAUGAGGAGUUGUGUAGUGUUUUUGUCCCAACAAACCAUCUAUAUAUAGGCGACAUAUUCCUUGUUAAUUCCAAAGACAUCAUAAGACCUAAUCUCUCAAUCCGAGAAGGCAUAGAGAUCAUCGUAUCUGGGGGCAUGACGAUGCCCCAAACUAUUUCGCCUCGGGAAAAAGUCACAAGGAAAGGCGAAAUCGUACCUCUUGACAGAAUCAUAUGAUUUUUAUGAAGACGAGGCCUGUCUUGAUGGGUCUAGCUGCAUUCAUUUGGAUGGUUAUUGUUUUGUAACCUAAAUCCAUCUUCGGUAGCCACGUAGUUGUAGUCAGUGUUCAUGGAUUGGAAGAUGGUCGAAUCAAUUUGUGUAUGAUUCUAUUUUUACUGUUUCAUUUCUCUUGGGACUAAUAAUGCAUCUGUAAGUUAGUGAUAUACAAAGCUCUCAUCGCCGACCGAGAA